GAGACUGCAGUUGACGGUGUGCGGAGUUUGCUGAUAUCUCGUUCGUGGGACUGCUGUUACGGCAACGUUCUCGAAUUCCACGGCCAUCCGGAGCCUUGCGUGACGCCAUUGAAGCAUCCCUGAUAGGUCAGGGAUAAGUCCAAUUCAUUAUAGCCCUCGAGGCAUUGACAGCAGGUCAGGAUAUUUCAUAACAAACAAGCCAACUCUCUGUCUACGCCCAUGCCCAGCUGCACUAUGUUCCUCGGUAUCAGCUCUGCAUAUCUCGCAGUCCCCCCCGUCGUGUUAUGCCUCGUGUUUUGCUUCUACCUUUGGAGGGCUAAACGGCAUGAUCUGCCUCCAGGGCCCCCACGCGUCCCUUUUUUGGGAAAUAUACUUCAGCUGCCGUCGAUCGACCAGCACAAAACUUUCACGGGAUGGGCUGUGCAGUAUGGCGAUAUUGUCUACGCAGAGUUCUUCACUCAACCCGUUGUCAUCGUCAAUUCCGUGAAAUGCGCAUACGAUCUGAUGGAAAAGCGCAGCGCGAGAUACUCUGAGCGGCCACGAUUCGUGAGGAUUGUCGAUAUGAUCGGUUGGUCAGGAAACAGUGCGUUCAUGCAAUACGACAACAGAUGGAAACGCCAUAGGAAGCAGGCUCCUAAAACCAGCCGUCCAUGGCGUUCUCGCUCCUACAUGUCGAUAGCCCACCAUAUGCUGAAUCCGAAAAAGGCAAUUGUGUUUAGUGUUAUGUAAUGUCCGAAGUUUAUGCGACUAAGAGGAGGAGAACGCCAU